GCUUUGUAAUACGCUUGCUGCACGGCGUGUCGUUCAUCUUGUUUAACCCUAUUAAACCGACAAGUCAUUUUAAGAAAUGAUGUAUCUAAAGCGUAGGUUUUCUUCCAUUUUCUUACCGCACGAUAUCAAGAAAACAUCAUCGGACGGUUCAAAACAAAUAAGAGACUCCAAGCAAACCCCAUCCUGGGACUUCCGCGUUCCAUAGACGAGAAACUUCCACACAGUGAGUGGAGAUUGCUUGAGGUUGGAAACGAUGUCGUUCUCUUGCUGUCUUUCAACCCCGCAGUUUCUCCCUCUCUUAUCCAAAUCCAAGCCCUUCAACGGUGAUAGCAAGCCGGCGUCCGUCUCAGUCAGCUCUCGAUUGAGAGCUUCCGCCGAUGUACCUGAUUAUCUCUCUACUGAUUGGCUUGAAUCUCGUCGGAAGAGACCUUUUGGCCCAAGGCUAAAUUUUAGUGCAGAAGAAGCUGUACAGCACCAGCUUGAUGCAUUGAAGUACAACGAUCAACCACGUCCAGAUUAUGGAAUCGAGUUUGCUGGAUUUGACCCAUUUGAGAGAUCAACUUAUUUUGGACCCUUCUUUGAUUUGGGGCAGUUCGAAAGAUUUAGGCGGAUUUUUCACCAUUCAACCUAUCGAGUUUUGCUUGGGCACAAAGAAAGAAAAAUCCUAAGCAGUUUGUUGGUGAAAGAGAAUAGAUUCAAGCAGCGAGUUUGGAUACGAGGAAAUCGCCCAGAGGAGGAAGAAAUAUUUCAAUUUACCAUGGUCCAGAAAGUUGGUGGUUCAUGGGAUGGUUAUUGGCUGACAGAGUCUCUUUUAAAUGAUGGAGAUGCUUUUGCUGGUGGUCUAGCCUACUAACUGCAAACACAGUUGGGAAGAAGAUGAACUAUUUGCGGUCAUACUGAAGAAUUUCAUUGUUUGCGUGCUUAGCCUCAGAAUUGUGUACAUAUUGUAGUAAACUGAUAUCAUUAUGAGCCCAAUUAAUUGCUGUAAAUUAAAGCUGUAUGUAUUAUUCCAUAGGAUAAGGUAUCAAUAUUUGCUUCGCGUUA